AUGGACCUUGCAAGGAAAACAACCAAUUCUCAGCGACUACCUCCACCGGCGUUGUUUCAGGGUCCGCCAUCACACAAUGCUUCCAACAUCUCCUUAUCCGUACCACCCGCAACCUCAGCCUUGCCAACACCCUCUGGAAGCCAACCUCCACCACCGCAGCGGAACAGAUCUCGUCUAGGUAAUGAAGGCGAACAUGCAGAGAAGCCAAAUCUAUUAUCUCCAUUUGUAUCGCGCCGCCUGUCUAAGAGUGAUGUGGACGGAUCCGACGCCAUCUGGCAGGAGAUGCAGAGCGCCCUAUCGGAGGUCGAACUCAGCGCCGUGACAAGUGAGAACGUUUUUGGAGAAAAACAUUCAGAAGCCUUAGAAGAUCUACGCCAGAAGCAGUUGAGACUUGCGCAAGCCUGGGCGCGCAGCGAGGCAGAUGAUGAAGUGGCUGAUCCCAGUCAUGAUGGGGCAAGUGCUAAGGGUAGCACGGCCCGACAACGAGCAACCACCGAAGCAAAUGCCAAGGAUGAUACCGCAACUGAGCAGAGUGCGGGACGUGGUUCACUUUCACAUCACACGCUCGACGAAGAGACCGAGAGAGAUAUUAUACAUGCGCGUAAGCGUCGUGAGGCUAAUGAUCGUUACUUUGACCGGGUAAAUCAAGGCGUGUUGGAUGUUGUUGCCAAACUAGAGGAGGUUGCUCAGGCUAUGCGCACCGUGGAGCGAGAGAGCAAGGAUAUUUGGAGUGAUUCCGAGAGUGUUGCGACCACUGCGCCUUCGUCGCAUAUCGGGUGA